AUGAAACAGGUAAAUACCAGAUGCAAGGUAAGGAAAGGUAUCAAGGAACAAAAUUCCAGAAAAAUUUUAAAGCAAGACUAUGGNAGUAAUACAUACGGACAAAAUUUAUAUUAUUUUGGAAACAUUUCACAAGAAGAUUCUCCCAUUUCUCGAUCUCUUACAAACACUACACAGUCUACUUCCACACAAGGAUUUGGAAAUAUUUCUUCUAGUCAUCAAUCAUUAGCAGUAGGACAAAUAUCAUAUCCUCCAAUGAGCACACCUGCACCUGCAUCCACUCCAGCUAAUCCUCCACCUUCGGUGUCAGUCGGACAAGCAUACAUUCCAGGUGCAAUUGCAUCUAAUCAAGAACGAUUAUCUACAUCAUCAGUUACACCUUAUGGUGAUAUUUAUUCUUCCCCACCUACAAGUGCCACAACUUACAGUGCAUCUGGAACUCAUCCUUCAACUCCAGCAUCUCCUAGAAAAGCAGAAAAUUUACAGCAUACACCUCAAACUUGUUCUGUUGAUCACAGCAAUCUUGAUGUAGAUAGCAGUCAGUUUGUGGAUUCUGUUCAUUUAAGUUCACAGGAAGAUGAUGAUAAAUGCAUUGAAGAAAUUGUGACUACUUCACUACAGCCUAGCAUUAGGUCAUGCGAAAGUCAUCAAUCUGCUAAAUUAUUAGAAGAUGAUUUAUCAAUUGUUGAUUCUGAACUUAUACAUGCCGAAACCUCUGUUCAAGAACACAAGCCUUUGUCUAUGCUUCCCAUGUUACCAAUUCAUUCUGUUAAUAGUAAUCAAACGAAAACGAUUGAAAUGGAUUCUGUUUUUGAUAGUCAAAGCAUGCCAAUGAAUUUAUCCGUUUUGGAUACGAUUACACCAUCUCAAUCAGACAAUAGUUAUGUUCAUACUGCACAAUGCAAUUCCCUUCCCAUUUCUGAUGUUUAUGAUUUACCUGAAUCCUUAACUCCCCCACCUCCAGAUUCAAGAAAAAAUAAACCUAAAGGAAAAAGAGGGAGAAAAAAGGGUUCAUUGAAUAAUCGGUUAUUUACUUUUGGAGCAACCAAAUAUAAACCAUAUACAGAGACGUUAGUUUCUAUAAUGAAAUCAAAAGAUAUUAAACAAACAAGAAAUAGUUCUAAGAAAAAGGAUAUUCAGGAAGAAGUAAGAGAUAUUCAAAUGGAAAGCACAUUUACAGAAAGCAAUGUUUUAACUGCUGAACAGUCUGCUAAUAAUUCAGAGAUGACAAAUGAACAUUUGGUGAAUUUUAUUAAUUUCUCCAAUCCGGUUGUUUCAAAUUCAAAUUGGAAUUUUAACAAUCAAGAUAGUGAUAAUAAUGAAAAAAUUCCCGUUAUAAUUGAUAAAAAUAAAACAGACAAUAGUUCGGUAAAAAAUGAUGAUGAUUCUUGUCUUCAGAAUUCUAAAGAUGGUGCAAUGGAUGAUGAUUUGGGUUUCCUAACUGAAUUACAAGCUAACAAAGAUAAUGAGAAAGACAAUUCAUCAAAAUCCGAAGAGAAAAUUAGAACUGGCUUUUUACAAAGCUUUUUAAGUUUUCUUGAAGAGGACCCUGCACCAUCGAAUGAUCAGGACAAGAAGACUCCAUCAAAGAAACGAAUUAAGGGAAGACCUAAACAGUCUCCUUCAAAAUUAAGUUCUGCAUUAACUUCUAUAACUGAGCUUGAAAAAAUGGAUCAGAAGGAAUGGUUAAUAAAUGGAGAUGUUUGUAUGAAAAAGAAAGAUAGUGAUGAAGAUGGUGAGGAACAUUUUGAUGAAGCAUCUUCAUUGGAUACAAGUCUUUUCGGAAGUACGUUGCAAAAAGAAGUGAUUGUUCCAAAUCCUGAAGCACCUUCAUUUUCAUCAGAUGAAGAGGAUAAUUCUUGUCAAGGAUUGUCUGACACAGUUGCAAUGGCAAUUCGAAGAUUGUGUGAAGAUUGUGAACCAUUGGGACCAAACGAUAGUGAAGAAAUGCCUUUAAAAUCUAAAGAUGAUGAUCAAGAUGACAGAAAAGAUGAGACAGAUCAAAAAUCUAUUGGUGAAUGCUCAUUUAUCAAGAAUCAGUUGAAGGAUAAUGAAGCAGAACUGGAGGAAAGUAAUGAAAAAACAGAUGACAAAAUGUUGUCAAAUAAAGUUGUUAAACCAAAUAAAUCAAAAGAGACUCAAAUCUGUAAUGAUAUUAAAAAAGAUAAUGAUAUAGCUGACUCAGAAAAAGAAGAAAAGGAGGAUAAUGAAGUGUUAAAUGAUUCAAAUAUUCAUUUUAUAUCUAAGAAAUUAAGCAAAAAAUGUAAAACACAAUUAACUCAGAAGAAUCACAUUAAUCCUGUAAAAAGUAAGUUGCAUUUAUUUAAAGAAUAUUCUGUUGAUUUGCAUAGGUUCAGCAGUUUAUUUGAAAUAACAAUUUCUGAAAUAUUUUUAGACUUAAAUAUUUCAAUAACAGGCCAUGAUUUUUAUAGUUUAAAAACUAUAACAUAAAAAUUACUUUUAUAG